AUGAGUAAAAAUAAUAUUGAGCGCUGUGGCAUAAAGGCCAUAAAUAAUGUGGUGGACGCAGUUCACUUUGUUCAAGAUAAGAUGAGAUUAACGCCAGCAUUUGAUGAUUUAAUUUCUUCGAAGUUUCAUUCUUCUACAAAUAAUGGUACAUCAUUGGCACCUCUCGAUGGGCGUUCUUUGCUGAAGUCAUGGCUAAGUCCAAGAGUGCUUACCUGUGAAGACCCUGGAUAUGGUCUAUGUCCCAAGACGAAAACUGCUGUGGAAGUAGCUUCUGCGUCAAGCCUGGAGAGAAUUGUUGUCAAGGUUUCACAUGCGAAGUUGGAUGAAAUUGCUGCACUUAUCCUUAUUGCUACCCAGAUGGAGGUAAAUGCUGUUCGGAUGGAAGCUAUUGCACUGCUGGAAAUAUCUGUUGUAACUAUCAGUACACCUAGUGCCACUAACGCUCCUACCGUCAUUCCUUCGUCAAUUACAAAAGUUCCAGAAACAUCCAUUACUUUGACGCCUAUACCGGUCUAUGAAUAUUAUUAUUACACAAUUACAUGGUAUUACUGGAGCUACUACUAUUACUACUACACCAUUCAUCUAGACCUCAGCACAUCUACCCGCUCAACCCAGAUAACAACCACAACCACAAUCUCCGUCUACGAAACCAACUCCGCAGCCGCUUCAUCCAGCUUCCAACAACUCUCUGCCACUCUAUCAUUCCCAACUCCUGCUGCUGCAACACUUCCUACACAAACACCACCAAGUUCGCCUACACAGACUGAACAAACCAAUGAUGCUCAUACUGAAGUUAGCAUUGAUACAGAAUUUUUAAAAGGGACAGGAUCAGCUUUCUACAGCGUCUUUGGCACACCUUCUACAACUAGUUCUGUGACUACGGGAUCGAGCAGUUCGUCAACGGCUACUUCAACGCCUGCGGGGGUUACAGUUAGUGGUGCUUCUGGAAUGAAAAUGAAUGGGCAUUUUUGGUCUAUUACCGGUUUCACGGUUUUUGGUGCUUGUAUUGUUGCGUUGUGGUUGCUUUGA